AUGGCGAACUUUGUGAAGAAGUUCAAAAGGAAGCAUAGGCUUUCAACCGAGAUGCAUGAUCGCUGGGGUGAUACUGCGAUCAGCUACCCUAACCAAGGCUCAUGGAAUCAGUGGAACCAAACUUCAGGGUUUGCGGCCAAUGCUUCUGCAACAAUAGAAUCUCGUCCUGCCGAGUCAGAUGGACCCCGACGUUAUAUACCUACCACUUCAAAUUCCGUCGCGCCAUCACAUCAAGGCUGGAGCGACGCCAGCUCUCAAACCAUGCGCACAUCACCAGAGUCGACGCAUUCAACCCACGAGAAACCAGAGCAUGAAAUUCCCAAAGGGUACUUCGACGAGAACAUCCGACAUCGCACUGCUAGUGAAAGAGCUCCGAAGCAUCACAUUCGCGGGUUGGGGAUAAAUGGUCCUCCACAAGAAGUACCACACACUCAUAUUCCGAGUCCUAUGGACCUGGAUGUAGAUGUGGAUAUCAUAGAUGAUUAUGACCAUUACUCCGAUGAAUCAUGCGACGAAGAAGACGAGGAACGCGAUACUCUGGGUGAUUCUCGGUGCUUGAUGACUCGUGGUUACUCAUCUGGAGAUGUUCCACGACGCGAGGAAUGCGGCUCUUACUCGGAUCGCCCAGCUCCGUCUCCCGCACUUUCUGUAACAUCUCGAAUGCGACGAGCAAGUGUACAAAGCUCAACAACUCAAGCAUCAUCGGCUGCGGGGACUUGUUCCAGACGGACGAGUUGUACUGCUGCAUCCUCUGUGUCGGCACCCUCUUUACCCCCGGACACGCCACAAUAUCCAGUCAAUACUAUGCAUUCUGCACAACCGGAGAAACGACAUGUCCCUCGCCCAAAACCGAGGGAGCCCGAUCACUUGGCUCAACAGCAGAUGGUUCCUGGUUAUGAUGAGCUUUACGGCUGA